CAUCUUCAUCUCCCUCUUAUGAGUAGUUAUCACUGGUAGUCAUUUGUUUUGGAAGAAAUUGACAGAGAUUGUCAUUGGAUCUCUUUUCAAUAUAUGACAGCAGCACGUAGUAGGGAAAGAAACCCGCGAAAAGGACCUAACACCUAACAGCCGACUGUCGACUUCAGCAGGCGCUAUGAAUCAUUCGUUCGUUUUCUUCAGGACAGUGAGCACGUGCAAGGAAGAGUAGAAGUCAAAGAUGGCAAAGAAGACUACUAAAGGUAACAAGCAAGGCAAGAAGAAGAAUACUCAAAAGAACAUAAAAGAGAAUCAGAAUGAAAAACCGGCUGUCGUUAACGAUCGAAAUUUAAAGUUUAAGAGCAAGAAUAAAAAAAAUAAAGUUGCUAAAAAGAUAAAGCAAAUACAAAAGAACGAGGAAAAUCGUGAUAACUUUUUAAACUCUGACGUUGUAGAAGUAGUGAACGUUAAAAAGAAGGGUAAAGAUAAAAGAGCUGCAGAGUUUAUUCAAAAUAAGGGUAAACAAGAAUUUGGCAACAGUAGGCAAAAUAAGAAAAAGGACAAAGUUGUCGAUCAGAAAAAAACUGGUAAAGUUGAAAAAAUCGCAAAGAAAGGAAAGUCUAAACAGGAAGUUAAAAUGAAUAAGGAGGUGGAUCAUAAAACAGCACAAUUGAAUGCCCUUCUAGAAAAGAAAUUAAAACAGCAGCAGAAGAAAUCUUCCAAAAAGAAGGAUGAUACUAAUACAGUCACAAAGCAGCAUAACUUGGAUGUUAAGAAAUUGGAAAAAAUGCUUGCUAAUAAAAAUAAAGAACGAAAAAAGGAGAAGUUAACUGCAAAACCGCAAAACUUAAGGCACAGAAUGAUGUCUAAAUUAAAAAGCUCUAGGUUUAGAUAUUUGAACGAAAUACUGUACAACAACGAAAGUUCAGAAUCCAAGAAAUUAUUUAAAAAUGAUCCUGAUGCCUUUCAAGCGUAUCACGAAGGAUAUAAACAGCAAGUUGAACAGUGGUCUUUAAAUCCUCUGGAUAUUAUAAUAUCUUCGAUUAAAAAGAUGCCAAAACAGUACAUUAUUGCUGAUUUUGGAUGUGGAGAAGGAAUGCUGGCUGCUUCUGUCCCUCACAAAGUACACUCUUUCGAUUUUGUUUCUUUAAAUAAAAAUGUGACUGUAUGUGAUGUCGCACAUACUCCUCUGUUGAGAAGUGGUGUAAACGUUGUUGUGUUCUGCCUUUCUCUCAUGGGAACUAAUUUAAACGAUUAUAUUAAGGAAGCAAACAGAGUUCUUAAAAAAGAUGGGAUUUUGAAAAUAGCUGAAGUUGAAAGUCGAUUCGACCAAGUGGAUGAUUUUAUAAAAGCGAUUAGCAGUUAUGGUUUUAAGUGUACCUGGAAAGAUUUGUCUCACAACUUGUUUUACUUUUUGGACUUCGUAAAAGUUAAUGACUUAAGUGGUAAAAAGAAUAAAUUACUACCUAUUACUCUGAAACCAUGUUUAUAUAAGAAACGGUAAGCAUUAACCAGUGAGCAAACAAAAAAUAUACAUACAUUUAUUAUGUAUUUUAUAAAGGAGAAAAGAAUGAACAUAAAAGAAGUAUAAUAAAGUUUAUUUUCAUGUAUACUGUGUAUUUUAUGUACCAUGUAUUAAUUGUGCCAUAAUGUUUUAUGAUGACAUAUUAUCUUUUUAUGAAAUCAAUUACAUUGUGGACAUUUACUAUACGUGCCUGCUUAAACAAUGUGCUAUUCUUAAAACACAUUGGUCUGUUUGGCACAAUAUGCAUCAUAAAAAGUAUAAAACAUAAUAGAAGAAACAUAAUUUAUUUCUUAAUGUGUAUAAAAAAGUA